UUUAGUCUCUAAACAAAUUCAGCGCACGACAAAUGUUGAACGUAGAAGUCACGCGAUUAAUUAAUCUUAAGUGACAACUAUUAAUUUUUCCAACGUCAGAGGUUCGCGGAGAUGAAAUUCACUAAACGAUCCGACUGCAAUCUGACACGCUUCCGGUGGCUGAUGGCAAAGUUUUUCGAUUACAGGACACGAUAUUAAGAGAAUAGCUAUCUACACUCCCGAAGAUGAGAAACUGAUAAUGAACUGUCCAGGAUGUGAGGCUAUGAGAUGGCCCGGAGGGCAAGUACCGGCGGCUCGUAGAGUCUUCCGAUUACGAAUGGUGACAGUGGCACCCGCCGCGUUUCUCGCUAUCACCUGCAUCGCCAGCGUCGGUGUCACCCUGGCGCUCUCUUUCCUGGCCUUUAAUCUUCACUUUCGAAAGCACAAAAGCAUAAAACUUUCGAGCCCGAGGCUGAAUAACAUGGCAGCCGUUGGUUGCGGCCUGGUCUACGGUGCCGUUAUACUUUUGGGGCUGGACGACGCCACGCUGUCCGACAGCGAUGGUUAUUACCCUACGGUGUGCAAGGCCAGAGUGUAUUUGCUAUCGGCCGGCUUCUCCAUGGCUUUCGGCUCGAUGUUCACCAAGACUUAUCGGGUGCACAGAAUCUUCACCCGGAGCCGGAGCGGGGUCGUGAAGAAUAAGCUGCUCCAGGACACCCAGCUGAUAUUCUUAAUCUGCAUGCUCCUGGUGAUCGACGUGGUCGUGGUGACCCUCUGGGUGAUUCUGGACCCGAUGCAACGUCACCUGCAGAAUCUCACCCUGGAGAUAAGCCCGCAGGACCGGGGAGUGGUGUAUCAGCCCCAGGUGGAGGUGUGUCGCUCGCAGCAUACGAACGGCUGGUUAAGCGCUCUCUACGUUUACAAAGGUUUAUUACUCGUAGUCGGAGUCUACAUGGCCUGGGAAACAAGGCACGUAAAGAUUCCAGCCCUAAACGACUCGCAAUACAUCGGUAUGAGCGUGUACUUCGUAGUAAUCACGUCGGGUAUCGUCGUAGUGCUAGCCAACCUGAUGCCCGACCGCGCGACCCUGGCCUUUGUCACGAUCACUGCCCUGAUUCUGGCCUCGACCACGGCGACCCUGGCGCUCCUCUUCCUGCCCCAAUUGGCGAACAUCCUGGCGGGGGGGGAGAGGGCCGACCCGGUCGUGCAGAGUCUCGGUCUCAAGAUCGAGUGUAACACGCGCAGAUUCGUCACCGACGACAGAAGGGAGUUGCAGUAUCGCGUGGAGGUGCAAAACCGAGUUUAUCGUCGUGAGAUGGCACAGCUGGAGCUGGAAUUGGCCAGAUUGGAGAAGCAGCUAGCGCAAGAUCCAGCGGAGCCGUCGCGCACUUCAUCAAGCGCCUCGAUCCCGCAACGAAAUCCAAGUAUCGGGGGCGGUCUGCCCCUCUUGUUGCUCAGCGUUCUGCCGCCGGUUAUUCCCCGAGCUAGCUGGCCCUCCGCGGAUUCGUCCGGCAUACGUCGCGGUACCGUAGCAUUUAGCAGUCAGCCGGAUCUGGAGCCCGGCGACCCCAGACAAAGCCUGGCCGACCUUUACAAGCUGCACCGUCGCCGGGAGACCGAGGGCCCGAAUCGGCUGGGCGUUUUUCAACGGCUCUUCAGUCUCUUCGGCAGCAGGCCGAGUAGCAGGAAAACCUCCACGGCAUCGUUCACCGGAGUCGCGUCGGCGCUUCGAGUCCAUAUGGGCUACAUCGCUGGUCUGGUGCCCGGCGCGAAAGCUGCCUCCACUUGCCAGGUGGAUGCCCAAGGCACUCACUCGCCCCAUACCCGAUGCGGUUCAGGACCAAUAAUUAGCAUUACCAGCGAGGAAGACCGUAGGUUGAGCCUAGGUUUACGUCGCAAGGAAAGUAGCGAGCCUAAAGUAAAUUUCAGCUUACCGCCACAGACGAGCGCGAGUCAGUCGUCCUCUCGAGAAAAGAUACGCGGCUCGCCACGGUUCCCUCAUCGAAUAAUCCCGGCGAACAGCUUAAGCGCCAUUGCACAAGGUACAUCGAUUGCGAGAUCACAUCGUUGGCACUCGAUGGACGAUUCGACGAGACCAAAGGCUACCCAGACAAUGUCCCGUGGCUCGUGCAGCCCCAAUUCCGACGUGUGGGCCACGGGCGAGAUCAAGGUUCCUUUCAGCGAGCUGGCCAAUACUGUCAGAGUCAAGAAACCACCGGAUUCCUUGGCCCUGACUGUCGCCGCGGAUUCGAAGACGAGUCCGGACGAUACAAGACUGGGCAGCGAUCUGAGGAAACUGUUCAGAGAGAACGACAGCGAGGAGGCGGUCAGUCCCGCCGAGCACGAACUGAGGACGACGCGGUCGAGUUCGUCGUCCUCUUCGUCCCCGAAGAUAAUCGGCGCCACUGGCGAUUCGGUGCCCUUAAAGAACGGUUCCACCCCAGAGACUCGGUACGAUGCAGUUCCCAACUUCCAUCGAGAAUCGAGGCCCCGUCCAACGAGCCCGGUGAUCUCGGUGGUCAAUAUGGAUAACCCAGGGGAGGAGUCGAACGCUGAUGUCGACAGCUACGCCGGUACUUCCUGCGAGGAGAAUAGACCGACUCCUGUAACGUAAAAUUGUGACAAGUUUGUGUAAAUGAUAGAAAGUUGAAGAGAUAGAAAAGAUGCAAUGUAUCCGGGAGAGGAACGUUGGUUUUUUCGUGUUCCACUCGCAAUACCUAACAUUUCCAAGUCCUUCCGAAAGUGGGACAGCGAUUCUAUCAAAAUUCCUAAUCACCGUAGCCGCUUAGACAAUCUAAAAUAAAUUGAGAAUCCCUAUUUAGAUGUUCCGUGUGAUAGACGGAGGAAGAUUAUCGUGCAGCAUGAUAAGAGAUAAUUAAAGCAAUUAGAGGGGCGCGUUAUGAACUAGGAUUUUCGCAACAGAGUCUGUAUGCAAUACAAGAUUAUAUACAUAUAGUAACAAGAAAAUGUAGUAUACAUUAGGUAGUUUUAAAUUGAUAUUUCAAAAAUCCGGUUAGAAGUCUUGCGAUAGUCAAUUCAUAAUUCGACGUUAAAUAAUGGCAGUGUUGUUUGUUAAUUAACGAUACAAUUGGUUAUUUAUUAAGCGUUAUAUGAUUCAAUAGUGUCGGAAACUGUGCGGUGGAACGCUAUAAAAUCGACACUGUCAAUGCAAUAUAGAUCACCGAGGGGAAAAGACAAUACAGGCACCCGACUCAACUUGACGCGAGAGUUGACUUUAUUCGUGCUCAAAUCAAUAAGCGGAAUAGUGCGUCAUGAUCGUGCGGAGACUCCACAAAGUGGCGUACGUGUAAAUACAAAUAGGUUUCUUGUUCGCGUAAACGCCCAAAUGCGAGGAUCAUGGACCAAUCGCAAUGUAAUCUCAAACAUGUGUGUUCGCUAGUAACUGUGCCAAAAAAAAGAGAGAAAAAAGAAAAGAAAAGCAAAUUUUAAGACCCGUAAGAGUACACGUUUGUCUUGGAGGAUUGUAAAGGGGACCAACGCUCAUGAUAUCCUUUCCCAUACUAUUUUUCGUGGUGAAAUGAGUUCGGUAAUCUUGUUAAUUAUAAGUUGUUUCGUAAAAAGAAAAGUACCGCUUUCAAAACUAAAGUUUCUUGACUCAUCCGAUCAAGAAGAGUGAUGGAGAUGAAGUAGACAAACUUCCGUGUCACUUGAAAAUACUCGAUUUAUAAUCGAUAAUGUAUUCACCGGAUACUCGAAGAUGGAAUACUUUCGCGACUGCAAAACUCUUAAGUAUUUCAAAGAAGACAAACUGUAAAUACCCUUACGGGGCUGCAAUCAAAGUGUUCAGUGCCCCAAAUCUUUUCUCUAGUACCUGCGCUCAUGUGCAAUGAAAAUAUAUCUGCUCGAGGUAAAGCGACUUAAAAUAAGAAUGUCACGUUCUUUUCUUUGUAAUAUGCGUGAACACGUAUUGAAACGUACCGAUAUUUUCAUGCCACCGAGUAUAAACGUAUAUACAUAUAAAUAUGUAGAUAAGGCAAAUGGUGAGGGGACAUAUUCCUGCGAGAGGGUUUCCUUCCAAAGUCUUGCUAUCCGACUGGUUUCGUAACUCGGAUAUCUCGAUGUGUCAAUCAAUAAAAAAAAAACUAUCGAUUAAGCAAUAACCAGCAUUGUCUGUGCAAGUAAGAAUGAUGUAAUAAAGAACUCUAUAUAUAUAUAUACACAUAUAUGUAUAUAUUCUAUCCAUUUUUGUUUUAUUAUAUUGAGCAUUGUUGAUAUCCAUCCCACAAUUUUUCAAUAAAUUAAUGCGAUAGAUAUUCAACUAAUGUAAGACUCUUUUACUCUUACACGUCGUAAGUCAGAAUAUAUAACUAAGUAAACUAAUAUAAUACAAAAAGACAUUAAUUCGUUACAACAAAAUAAUUAUUUACAUUUUCUUAUAUUAUAUGUAGGUCAGCAUAUUUUGAAUUAACACUUACGUGUAAAACACAAACCAUUACAAAGGUAAUUUGGCCUUAAAUAAAUUUAGUAAAAAUUACCAUAAUGUAAUUAUUUCUAAUAUAUUUUUAUACCAAAA